AAAGAUGCUGAAUGCGACACUGAGAAACAGGGGAUGCAGGGGGCCCAGAGAUGGUUUUCCCCCCAGGGAAUGGGUCAAGGAGGAAGCCUACACUCCUACUGCAGAGCGGACAGAUGAAAUGUCCAGCGGACACAGUACUGAACACCUUUCACAGCAGACCUCUACACACACCCCUCAGUGUGAUGAGACGAUACUUGGUGUCCGUGAUGACCGCUCCAGCAGUAGCAUUGAAAACCGCAAAGAUGAUUCUGAAACUGACACUGCGGAUGAGGGUAGUUCAGGUGACAGUUCCUACGAUCCUGAGAGGUCACUUAAGGAAAGAAAACCACUUAAGAAAAGCAAAUUUAAUAAAGUCAUGGAAAAGUCCCGUUUCCCUGAUCUUGUCAGUGACAGCAGCACUGCUAAAGAAACCCAAAAAUCUGAAGAAGUACCUGAUGAACGCAAACUGGUUUAUGUCCAAGCAAUUUCUAAAACACCAAAUGGAAAUCGAGCGUAUAAUAAGGAACACGACUGUAUGUUCUGCAGUAAGUCAUUAUCAAUAAUAGCCGGGCAUCUGGAAGAAGUCCAUAGCAAUCAACCUGAAGCUGCAAAAGCUCUACAGUUACCAAAAGGAUCAAGAGAGAGGAAGAUUCAACUAGAACGUCUCAGAAACGGAGGAAACUUUGUACAUAAUGUUGACGGUUUGCAGAGUGGAAGUGGAGAUGUUGUUCCCUACAAGACACCCAACAACAAAUCUGAUUCCAAAGACUAUAUGCGUUGCAACAUUUGUCAAGGCUUCUUCUUAAGAAAGUUGUUGGGGCGUCACAUGAAACAGUGCAGACGAAAAAAUUCCACACCCGCUCCAGGAAGGAACAGAGUACAGUCUGUGUGUGCUUCUGCAGGUCCUGCGCCUCAUGGUGUUAGCUCUGGACUGUGGAAGGUGUUAAGUGUCAUGGCUCAAGAUGAGGUUCUGCAGGCAAUUAAAACUGACACUUACAUUAUAAAGUUGGGAGAGCAUUUUUACAAUAAGAUAGACUCACGUGCUAGCAUAACUAUCCGUAAGAAACUGAGAGACGUUGGGAAAUUGCUGAUCCAAGCCAGGAAACAUACUCCGUUGUGCAAAAUGGAAGAUUUUAUUGACCCGUCAAACUUUAUGCACGUUGUAACUGCUGUUAAGAUGGUUAGUGGUUAUGAUGAGGAUAAAUGCACAUUCCAGAGUCCAACCCUUGCAAUGACGCUCGGCCAUAGUUUACAGAAGAUUGUCAGUCUAGUGGCAAUUCAAGCAACGAUUGACGGUGACAGUGGGAAGGUGGAAAAAACACGCAAAUUCAAAGAGAUGUACCAAUCAAGAUGGAAUGAACUUUUAUUUGCAAAUGCACUCAAAACUCUGCGAGAGGAAAAAUGGAAUGUCCCUCAAGUUCUUUCCUUCACAGAAGAUGUGAAAAAGAUCCAUUUAUAUCUAGACAAAAAACAAGACGAACACUAUCACAGCCUAUCAACAGAGGCUUCUUCUAAGAACUGGACAGCUUUUGCAAAGGUUCUCCUCACGCAGAUCAUUCUUUUUAAUCGAAGACGAAAGGGUGUAGUUUCAAAGAUGCUGCUAUCUUCAUUUGUUUCAAAAGAGACGGAGGGUCUGCAUGAAGACAUUGCUUUGGCACUUUCAGAGCUUGAAAAAAAACUGUGCCAUUACUUCACUCGAAUUGAAAUAAGAGGAAAGAGGGGGAGGAAGAUCCCAAUCCUUUUAACUCCAGCAAUGCAGAAAGGAAUAGAGCUUCUCAAACAAAAAAGGGAAGCUUGUGAAGUCCCUCCGGAAAACAUCUACAUGUUUGCAAGGCCAAAUGCACUGUCACACUAUAGUGGAUCUGACUGUCUCUGGGUGUUUGCAAAGGAAUGUGGAGCAAAAUAUCCCAAAGCGUUGUCAUCGACAAAGCUUCGCAAACAUGUUGCAACGCUUUCGAAGGUUCUUAACUUAAAUGACACCGAACUGGAUCAGCUGGCUGACUUUUUAGGACAUGAUAUAAGAGUACACAGAGAAUACUAUCGACUUCCAGAAGGUACACUUCAGCUGGCCAAAAUAAGUAAAAUACUGAUGGCUCUAGAGACAGGAAGACUUGGAGAAUUCAAAGGAAAGAAGCUGGAGGAUAUUGACAUUAAUCCCAAUGAAAAACUUCAGGUUCAUGAUUAUGGCUCAGGAAGUGAGGAUGAGUCAAGUGAAGAGCAAGAGGAAGAGGAAGCAGAAUGUGGACCCCCACCACAGCAAGACUCAGCCGUAACCAGUGUGUCCUCCAUUUCUGAAGAUAUUUAUAUACAUUUAGGACAAAAGGCAGUGAAAAGGAGAAAGUGGGAAGACACUGAGAUUAAGGCAAUUGAAAAACACCUGGGAAAGUUCAUUACGACUCACAAAUUGCCAGGAAAGUUGGACUGUGAGGCGUGCAUCUGUGCGGAGCCCCACACUCUGAGAGACAGAGACUGGAUCUCCAUUAAGUUUUUUGUAAAGAACCGGAUCGCUGCUCUAAAGAGGAAACUUUAAAGUGUCAUUCCAGUAUUUCUUCAAAUGUUGUUCUGUUAAAUUUGCAGAGGUACUCAUUUGUCAUAUAGGUUUGGCAUGCUCAUUCAGACACCUACCUCAUUUUGGUUAUUAUU